CAGGACUAUUCUGCAUCUUGACCAUGUCGACCAACGGCACACCCACCCUUCCAAGCGCCCCAGUCCGCUCUGCGCCGCGUGAGCCCGGCGGGGCGGGGAACAUAGGCACUUUCGGGGUCAGCGGUUCCUCUGGCGGCAGGAGCGCGCGGCACAGCUCAAUGUGUUCUGAGAUAGGUCAAAUCGGGGCUCGCGCAGAUGCUCAAGGGCGGUGUCAUCAUGGACGUCGUGAACGCUGAGCAGGCGCGUAUCGCGGAGGAGGCCGGCGCGUGCGCCGUCAUGGCGCUCGAGCGCGUCCCGGCGGACAUCAGAGCGGACGGCGGCGUCGCGCGUAUGAGCGAUCCCGCGCUCAUCAAGGAGAUACGCGACGCGGUGACGAUCCCCGUCAUGGCCAAGUGCCGGAUCGGCCACUUCGUCGAAGCACAGAUCUUACAGGCGCUGGGCAUAGACUACAUUGACGAGAGCGAGGUGCUCACCCCUGCGGACGAUGAGCACCACAUCGGCAAGCACGCGUUCAAGGUCCCGUUCGUGUGCGGGGCGCGCGGGCUGGGUGAGGCCCUGCGCCGCGUUGCCGAGGGCGCGGCAUUCAUCCGCACGAAAGGCGAGGCCGGGACGGGCAACGUUGCCGUGGCCGUGCGCCACGCGCGGACCGUGCAGUCUGAGAUCCGCAAAGUUAGCGUGAUGACAGAGGAGGAGCUGUACACCUACGCCAAGGAUAUUCAAGGUAGCGAGCGAUGCGCAGACUUGGGAAAGCGAGAACUGACGGACAAACAGCGCCUUUCCAUCUGCUCAAGG